CCAUCAAAAGAUCUGCGCGCUGCGCGCACCUGCGCCGAAUUCCUAACGACACCACGGCACGAGCACGAGCGCGAGCACGGUACGAGUUGGCGAGACCUCGUGGGCCGCGGCGUCGUUAGAACCAAGGAUUGGAUUGGCCUCGCCGAGGAGGAGGAGGAGGAGGAGGAGGAGGGAGCUGGUGGCGAGAGGGGCUCGCGGGGAUGGGGAUCUCGAGGCCGCUCGCGGUGGCGCUGCUGCUGCUGAUCGCCGUCGCCGGGGCGGCCGCCGAGGAGGAGCCGGCGGUGGUGGUGGCGGACUCGGCGGCCGGCGCGGUGGAGGCCGCGGCCGCGCGGGCCGAGGAGGCUGCGGAGGUGGCGGCGCUUAGGGCGGAGCUGGAGCAGCUCAGGGCGAAGAUCUCCGGCUUAGAGUCAGACAUGGUAGAGCGAUCCAAGGAACUGAAGAACAAGGAUGGUGACAUCGCAAAGCUGGAGAAAGCCAUUGAGGAGAGGUCACAGAAGAUUGCUUCUCUGCAGGCCGAGAUUGCUUCCCUCCAAGCACAGGGAUCUAUAGCUGCUGAGGAGCAGGCAGGCAAGGCCAAUGCCCGGGCUGUUGAGCUUGAGAAGCAGAUUCAGAAGCUGAAAAAGGAUAUUGAAACACAAAGUAGCCAGAGAACAGCACUUGAGUCUAGGGCUAACGAUGCAGAGAAGAAGGUAGAAGAGCUGACUGCAAAGCUUAAUGCUAUCCAAAAGGAAAGUGAUGACAAAAAGCGCAAAAUCAAGAAGACAGAACGUGCUCUUAAAGUUGCUGAGGAGGAAUUGAUGAGGUUGCAGCUAGAAGCAACAGCUAAGGCAAAGCAGCUGACGGAGGUUCAUGGAGCAUGGUUGCCACCUUGGUUAGCUGCACAAUAUGCUCAAUACCUGGAAGUGGUCUCAGGUCACUGGAAUCAACGUGGGAAACCUGCCAUGCAAUUUUUUUUGCAGAAGGCAUCAGAAAAAUCAGCACAGGCGAAGAAAUGGGCUGAACCUCAUAUUGAGACUGCUAAGACGAAAUGGAUUCCUGUUGCUAAGGAAAAAUUGGUUGUCCUCAAGAAAAACGCAGAACCUUAUGUACAAAAGAUCUCAACAAGAUCCGUGGAGCUGUAUGAGUCAUCCCGGGUUGCUGUGACACCUCAUGUUGUCAAAGUUAAAGAACUUGCUGAUCCUUACUACCAGGAAGCCAAGAAGUUUUCCAAGCCUUACAUAGAUCAAGUUGCUGAGAUCACAAAGCCACAUGUUGAGAAAGCUAGAACUGCUCUGAAGCCGUACACUAAAAGAGUUGUUCAUGCAUAUGGGUCAUUUCUUGAGUCAGCAACGACAUACCAUCGCCAGGUUCAAGCAACCAUCUUGGACAACCUUCACCAACAUGAGAUAACGAAAUCACUUGCGACGAAGGAGUUGGUUUGGUUCCUGGCUUCUGCUUUGCUGGCUCUGCCUGUUUUCAUUAUAUUCAGGCUGCUAAUAGAUACCUUCUGCACCAAAAAGAAUAAAAGAUCUCGUGGCGGUAACGGUAACCAUGGCCACAGGAGACACAAGCGCCGGCACACAGACAAGUAGAUCAACUAUCCAGCGCUUAGGGUUCGUCUGCUGUGUAUGGUUGCAUAUCUUCAAGCGGUGCCAUGGAGGAAGGAGGGUCAUGGUCUCAUGGGUAACCCUUACCGUGAAAACAUUGUACACCAACAUUUCUUCUUCUUUUUACAUUUUCGCCCCAGGUGUAAUAUGGACGUCAGUGGCAGCAGACAUUUUAUCUGCACUUUGCUGGGGUUCAGGGGUUAAGCCUCGGCCUUUGUUUCAUUGUUCAUUAUUGUUUAUUGUAAUUUUGUGAAUGCGUUUGAGCUUGCGUGCUUGUUCUUGUUGC